AUUCGCGAUGCGCACUUCGGCGCAGCCAUAUAUAAAAAUGUAGUCGUAAACGCCGGCCCGUUUUGUACUUACAUCCGCGGCUCAGUCAUGUUUAAGUCGAAAAUACUGCUGCAGGCGAUAUUCCUGCUGGGAAUUUCCUUGGUUAAUUUUUCAUCCGAGCAUAUUGUCUGCAAGAUAAAAAGGAAUUGCACGGAGGUGCACUGUCCUUUGUUGAAUUGUACCAAUUCUUCGUUGUUGUUGCCUCCCAGGUGCGGGGAGUGUUGUCUUAGGUGUAAUACUUCAGUACCAGGUGUAUCAUCUAUAAAUAGCACCAUUGGUGUUACAGAUUGUCCAAUAAAAGUCAACUGUCUGUUGCCUUGUCGUCCACUUCAAUGUCCUCUUAACGCAACCAUUGUUCCUCCAAAAUGUGGCCAAUGUUGCCCAACAUGUAAACCUAGUACAGAAGAUACUGGUUCCAACAACUCAACAUCUAGUUAUAACUCUACCUCGGCACCAACAAAACCAUAUAUCGCCGAUGAUUCGAAAAAUGGAACGUCUUGUCUUGCUGUAGUAUGUCCUGAAUUGGAUUGCGCAUUGAAUGCCACACUGAUCAGGCCCGGACCUGGAGAAUGCUGUCCUAAGUGCAUUACGAAUACUACUCUUCCGACUAUUCUAGAUAAUACAACGGCCAGUGAACCAUAAAAAUAUGUUUUAACAUAGUUUACAGUGUUAGUGAUAUAGUUUAUCUAUGUAUUUAAAUUUUAAUGUUAAUAAAUACAAAAAAAAACGAUAAAA